AUGUUUAAUAGGGGGAAGAACGAAAAACAAACAGUUAUUGAAACAAAGCCAGAUGAUUUUCAAUCAUUUGAUGAAACUGGAUCUCCAUAUAUCACAUCAUCAUCAUCUAUAACAACUUCAAGAAUAAAAUCAAAAUGGAAUAAUUUUGUUGAUUCUUUUAGAAGGAAAGAAGUUGAUUCAGAGGAUGUAGGUAAACUUUUAGCAAAAGGUAUAUCAAAAAGGCACCUUAUUCUAAUGGCUUUGGUAACUGGUAUAGGUACUGGUUUAUUGGUUGGUUCGGGAAGUGUCUUACAUAAAUCAGGUCCAUUAUUUUUAAUUAUAGGUUAUGCAAUUGUUGGUUCAUUUUUAUUUCCUACUUUACAAGCAGCAGGUGAAAUGGCUGUUAAUUAUGCAGAUUUGUCAGGAGGCUAUAAUAAUUAUCCAAGAAGAUUUAUUGAUGAAAGUUUGGCAUUUGCCAUUACAUGGAAUUAUUGUAUACAAUGGUUAUCAGUGAUAUCAAUUGAAUUAGUUACAGCAGCAAUGACUAUAGAAUAUUGGAUUACAACUGUCAAUGCCGAUGUCUGGGUUACAAUUUUCUUUGUUGUUGUGUUAUUAAUUAACUGGGUUGGUGCAAAAGGUUACGGUGAAGGAGAAUUUAUAUUGGGUAGUUGUAAAAUUAUGAUGAUUGUUGGGUUUAUAAUUAUGGCUAUUGUAGUUGAUGUUGGUGGUGGUCCAAAUAAAGAGUUUAUUGGUGGUAGAUAUUGGCAUGAUCCAGGUUUUUAUACAAAUUUUAAAGGUCUUUGUGUAUGUAGUUGGUUGCAAAAUGUUAAAUCUGUUAAAAUUUAAUGCGCUACCAAGUGUUCAAAAAUUUUCAACUGAUUUUCAUCAAAAUUUCCAUCAAUAAAAAGCUAUACUAACCAUUCUUUUUUAGUCCGUAUUUGUUACAGGGGCUUUUUCACUCGGGCAGUCAGAAUUUGUCGCCUUAAGUGCUGCAGAGCAAGUAUGUUGAUAUCAAAGUUGGAAUUCUUGGGAUUCCAAAUUCUUGAAUAUUUAAUUAUCGAUUGAUUUGAAUACUAACUUUUGAUUUAGCCAAAUCCAAGAUCUGCUAUUCCUACUGCUUGUAAAUUAAUCUUUUGGAGAAUUUUAAUUUUAUUUUUAGGUUCAUUAACUAUGGUUGGUUUAUUAGUUCCUUAUACUAGUGAUCAAUUGAUGGGUGCUUCAGGUAGUAGUACACAUGCAUCACCAUUUGUGUUAGCUGCUUCAUUACACGGAGUUAAAGCAGUUCCAUCAAUUAUUAAUGCUGUCAUUUUAUUGUCUGUGACUUCUGUUGCAUCAUCUGCAUUAUAUUCAUCUUCAAGAACUUUACAGUCAUUAUCUGAACAAGGUUUUGCUCCAAAAUGGUUUAAUUAUAUUGAUCGUACUGGUAGACCAGCAAGAGCAUUAGUAGUAUGUUCAAUUUUAGGAUUAUUUGCUUAUAUCGCUGCGUAUAGAAAACAAGAAACUGUAUUUGAUUGGUUAUUAGCUAUUUCAGGUUUAUCACAAAUUUUUACUUGGGGUGGAAUUUGUUUAUCGCAUGUAAGAUUUAGACAAGCUUUGAAAUUUAAUGGUAUUUCAACAGAUUCAUUAGGUUAUAAAGCUUCAACUGGCGUUAUUGGUUCUUAUUAUGCAAUUAUUUGGUAUAUUUUGAUUUUAAUUGCUCAAUUUUGGAUUGCAUUAUAUCCUGUCGGUGCUAAGAAACCAGAUGCAAACAAUUUUUUCCAAAAUUAUCUUGGGGCAAUUGUUUUAAUUUUAUUUUAUGUUGGUCAUAAAUUAUAUACUAGAAAUUGGUCAUUAUAUAUACCUUUAAAAGACAUUGAUAUUAAUAUAGAUAGAACAAUUUUUGAUGAAGAGAUAUUAAAUUUAGAAAAAGAAGAAGAGAAAGAUAAUUGGAAACGAAUGCCAUUUUGGAAGAAAGGGUUGAAAUUUAUGUUUGCAUAA